GUGCGUUACCCCACCGAUGGACUCUAUCCCGGCAAAGUGGAUGCUAUUGACUCUCUCCGUCAUUGUUAUCGCGUCACUUUUGACAAGCCUGCUCUUGGCACACGCUCCAUUCCGGACUAUGAGGUGCUCAGCAUCUGCCCACAAGAAACAAUUCCACUGUCUGCAUACAAGACUCAGCACAAGGCCAGCCGCAACCUCUUCAUGAGUCCCGCGCGAUUGUUGGCCCAAUCCGCACUGCAGGGUAAACGACACAUGCAUCAUCACAAGCUCGCCCACGCCGUCGGUGGGGCCGCAGGUGACUUUGGCGUGAAUGACUGUCCGCUCUGCCAGUCCAUAGAGGGCCAAUCGAUGUCGGGAGGUAGUAUGGGGGGUAGCUCCUCUGUGCUCUCCACCCCUCUGAAGACACCUUCGAUUAAUGAAAUGACCGGAGGAAUGGGUGCAGCUGCCCUCUCGCUGAAUGAUCCCUCCAGCAACGGUGGUCGCCUCCUUCUAAACGAGUCUGACAUCUACGGUGGCUAUCCAAUGAAGUUUCUCGUGAUGGUUACAAAGUUGUCAAAGAUUCUGGAAGUGAAGAAACGAUGUGUAGACGAACUGCAGGAUCUCAACUCCGAGGCUGAGCGCAGGAUUUCUAAUCAAUCAGAAAUCACCAUGGAAUUCCAGCACAACUACCUCACUGUGAUUGUGCACUUAGAACGCUUGAACAAAGAACUGAACCAGUAUCUCGUUCAUGUGCUCCAGUAUGCCAACGAGAUCGCCCAGGAGCAUGGCGUGUCGCCACUGGAGCAGCCCUGUGACUUCAAGCAGCGCUGCGACGAGGAUGCCUAUGACAUAGUCAAUCGUGUGAAGAGCAUCCAGGUGCAGAGACUGCGCAACACCAAAAACAUGGAUCUUAUCACGAAAUUGACCGGUCUGCUGGUGCAAAUUCGAUCUCUGAGCGAGCAGGAAGGCAAGACACCGGACUGUUCGAGUAUCCAGGAUUCACUGCGCGACCUAAAGUCCACGCUCCAUUCCAGCAAUAUCCAGACCUUCGAGAACAUUCUGGAGGUCAAAAUACAGCACGCCAUGUGUGGAUUGAACACACUGGGAGACCUGCACUCCUUCCUGUAUAUGCAUCCGAACCACAUGCAGUAUGUCUAG